AUGUUACAAAAAACAACUAGAGCAAGAACUGUCAAAACAAUUGAAGGUGGCUCCUAUUAUCACUUUGGUGUUUUUAAUUCAUUGCAACACAUUAUUCAUUUGCCUUAUUUUUGUACAAGUCUUUGCUCUGAAACUCUAUCACUUUCUCUACAAAUUAAUAUUGAUGGAUUACCUUUACAUAAGUCAAGUACUCAACAAUUUUGGCCGAUUCUAGCAAGAGUAUCAAUCCCAUUUUCAAGUAAUCCUUUUUUGAUUGGUUUGUUUUGCGGUCAAAGUAAACCAGUUAACUUGAAUGAAUAUUUAAAAGAUUUCAUUGAAGAAAUGUUAGAAUUGGAAAAUGGUCCUGUUAAAAUUGAUGUAGAUGGUAAAAAAUGCUCAAUAAACAUUGGUAUAUCCUGCUUUGUAUGUGGUACUCCUGCAAGGGCAUAUAUAAAACAAACUAAAGGGCAUACUGGAUAUUACAGUUGUGAUAAGUGUAUCCAAAAAGGGGAAUGGCACAGAUUACAUUACUUAAAACUGAUGCUCUACUUAGAACUGAUCAUUCCUUUAAUGAAAUGA